AUGGGUAGGUAGGUUGGUGUUGGUCGCAUACCUUUUAUGAAGGGUUGGCAACUUUAACAGAAAACAAACCCAAUCUCCGGUCUCCAUUUUCUCUGAAUCUCCAUUCGUUGAAGCUGCUUUCUACCUUCCGUCGCUUCCAUAACACGAUCCGUUAACCCUUCUCUGUCUCUGCCUUUCACCACGUUUGCUUUGUUUGAGUUCAAGGUUUCAAGUAAAGCAAGAUGUUGCGUGCUAUAAGGCAUAAGAGUAUCUGCCCUGCCUUCGGUGCAUUUAGAGCUUUCGCUUCUGCAGCUAAAGAGAUGACAGUGAGAGAGGCUCUGAACUCUGCUCUUGAUGAGGAAAUGUCUGCUGAUCCUAAAGUGUUCUUGAUGGGUGAAGAGGUCGGAGAAUACCAGGGUGCAUAUAAGAUUUCUAAGGGGCUGCUGGACAAGUAUGGCCCUGAGAGGGUUCUUGAUACUCCAAUUACUGAGGCUGGCUUUGCUGGGAUUGGAGUCGGUGCUGCUUACUAUGGUCUAAGGCCUGUUGUGGAGUUUAUGACUUUUAACUUCUCCAUGCAGGCAAUAGAUCACAUCAUUAAUUCUGCUGCAAAAUCAAACUACAUGUCUGCUGGGCAAAUAUCUGUACCUAUCGUCUUCAGAGGACCCAAUGGGGCUGCUGCUGGUGUUGGUGCUCAGCACUCUCAAUGUUAUGCAGCUUGGUAUGCCUCGUGCCCUGGGUUGAAGGUAUUGGCACCAUAUUCAUCUGAAGAUGCUCGUGGCUUACUUAAAGCCGCUAUAAGGGACCCUGAUCCUGUUGUUUUUCUUGAAAAUGAGUUGUUAUAUGGUGAGUCAUUCCCUGUUUCAGCCGAAGUUCUUGAUUCCAGUUUUUGCCUUCCCAUUGGAAAAGCAAAGAUUGAGAGAGAAGGAAAAGAUGUUACUAUUACAGCCUAUUCAAAAAUGGUUGGCUAUGCUCUUAAGGCUGCGGAGAUACUGGCGAAGGAAGGAGUCAGUGCUGAGGUUAUAAAUUUGCGUUCAAUUCGGCCACUUGAUAGAACCACAAUUAAUGCUUCAGUCAGGAAAACCAACAGAUUGGUGACAGUUGAAGAAGGUUUUCCUCAGCAUGGUGUUGGCGCUGAAAUUUGCACAUCUGUAGUUGAGGAGAGUUUUGGUUAUCUCGAUGCACCGGUUGAGAGAAUUGCCGGGGCUGAUGUUCCUAUGCCUUAUGCUGCCAAUUUAGAGAGAAUGGCUGUCCCACAGGUUGAAGAUAUUGUUCGCGCUGCAAAGAGAGCAUGUCACAGAUCUGUGCCCUUGGCUGCAACAGCUUGAGUUUAUAAAGUACCAGAUUAUUUUAUUUUGAUCUCCCGGUUAUGGUUAAUUCUUCGGUAAUCCUAGAUAUUACCAAAAACAUUUUUUGCUCCAUUUUUCACCAUAAAACAGCAGAAAGAAAUUGCAACCAGAGAAUGCUGGUUUCAGUAUGCGUAGUACUGCAGCCUAAAUUUUCGGGAGUUACAGAUGCUAUAUAUUUUCUGUAAAUUUCGUUUAUAACAAUGACACAAGGCGGAAAGUUUUCUGUGUCAUUUUGUAAUUGGCAAUAACAGAAGAAAUCAACUGCUCGAAUUAAUUUUCCUGAGUUCAUUCUAUAUUUUCUGUAAAAUUUGGGGAAUGGCAAAUUGGCAAUGGCAUGCUAACAGAACCACUGCAAUUGGUUGUUUCCCUGCUUCCUUUACGAUCGAAGCUAGUCUUUAGAUAUUUUAUUGCUUACCCUUUAAAGUUGCAAGUUUUGAUAA